CGAACACAUGACUGAAGAGCAGAGACUGGAAUGCCAGGGGUCUUGUUCUUCACGCAGUGCUUGAGGACUCACUGUGGAAAUGAGCAACCUAAGAAGGAGUCAAUCUUUGAAGAACCUUUCUGGGGUUCAGGAGAGGUCAUGGGUGGCAUCUUCUCUUUGGGACAAAAAGAAGUCUGUCUCUCAGCUUGUACAACAAUACCAGAGCUGUGCAGAGUUACGGAUAACGGAAUCAGCUGAGGCAUCUGUGUUGAAUCGGUCCAGUAGAUAUGAAGACUCAGAGAUCAGAGUGGACUCUCUGGGGGGGCAUAACGAGAGCAGGGAGAUCAGAGGAGGCUUCCAUCUGUCCAGAAGCCGAUCCAUGGACUACCUCCCCCCGAAGGAGCCUGUGGGAACCAGCGCCCUGCGGGCCCUUUUUGAGUCGAAGGUCACCUUGCGGCAGGACUGUUCCAGCUCCCCUCGACUGAGUGUGGCUUUGUCUGCCAGUAACAGGGAGGAACAGUGCCUCCCGGUGGUGAAAAGGGCUCACAGCACUGCAGGGACUCCAGUAAAGAAAGACAACCCUCCCCAGGUGGAUUUGUGUCGUGUUGUCCAGCCAGAGAGGCGUAGACAGACCUCAACUGGUGUCCCGGAGUCCUGUGUCAGGGGUUCCGCAAACUCACAGGAUGACAAGAGGCAUCCGAAAUUGACCCACGCAGAGACCCCAUCAAGGCCGAACCGUGAGAGGAGAUCCACGUGUGCCUCAGUGAGAGACAGAUCAGCUCUCUAUCUGUCAAAAGUGGCAGCUGCAGACUCCACAGGAGGAUCACCACAUCCAGAAUUCACUAGUUCAUCAGAAAAGAAGACUAAAUUAAGCAAGAUGGCAGACGUAGCCAAGCAAAUCAGGGUUUCAGAGGCUUCUCAUGAAGAAGACGACAUGUCUUUCCCUCCACCUCCCCCUGUACCACCCCGACCUCUAAACUAUGAAGAGUCUGCAAACAGCGCACCCUUACUUCCUGUACCACCACCCAAGGAAACCUUCUCAACAUUCUACCAACAGCGACAAAAGAAUGAGUUGAAGAGGCUCUUUAAACACAUUCACCCAGACUUAAAAGGAAACCUCAAUGAUGUUGUUGAUGAUGAGCUGGUGGAGGCCCUACAGUCAGAGAUAUCUGCAGAAGAUACAGGGUAUCAAGGCGAGGUGCAAUCCAUGAGGUGGAUCUUUGAAAACUGGACACUGGACAACAUUGGGGACCCCCAUACAACAAAGAAGCUGUUGGAGGAGGAGAACUUGCAAGGUGGAGAUGUUAGGGGAACAUCUUCCAUGUUUGAGCAUUGCGAGAUGGAUGACACCCAACACAGCUCAAGGGCAUUUGCUGAAAGGCAGGUGUCUGUGAGAGGGGAUGUCAGGACAUCCACAUGGUUGUUUGAGACCAAGCCUUUAGAUAUCCUGAAUGAGAUCAACCAAGAAAAAGGUGAGAUGGUGGAGGCAGUGCUGAAGGAACCCAUCCAAGGAGGAGAUGUCAGAGGAGCGCGGCUACUCUUUGAAUCCAAACCACUGGACGUCUUAGGCCACUGCUGCUCAGUCGAGAACCAGAACUUCCUCAAGCUGAAGUCUGAGCUCCAAGAACAGAAGGGAGACGUCCAAAAAACGGUCAAGCUCUUCCAAGCAGAUCCCUGUUGUGCCAUUAGAGACAACAGUGGAAACAUCCAUGAGAUCAAGUCAAUCUGUAGAGAAGAGAUCAAUAGCAGCAAUAUCAGCACUGCUCGUUGGCUCUUUGAAACUCAACCUCUAGAUGUCAUCAGGAAAGACACUUCUGCUGUAAAGAUCAUUCAGGGGAUAUCGCUGGAAGAAGGGCAGAGAGGAGGCGUAGAUAGGAAAAGGUGGAUGUUUGAGACUCAACCCUUCCUCAACACCCAGGAAGGCAUCGAGGAGAACAAAUUCCAGCGGACCGUGGACGAUUUUGUAGGAGAGGCUGAUGUUGAGAACAAACGAAAACUCUUUGAGACAAAACCCUUGGCAGCUCUGAAAGGGGAGUGUACUUCCACAAACCAGGAAAAGGAAGAGAUCCUAGGUGGUAAUGUCAAAACAUCUUUGUGGCUCUUUGAAACUCAACCAAUGGAUACUUUGAAAGACAGCUAUGAAAUUGGACAUCUAAAGGAAGUGUCGCUUGCUGCAGAUGAACAAGGAGAGGUGAAGGGCAAAAAGGAACUGUUUGAAAACUACAAUGUCAGAAAAGAAACAUCGGUCAGAGAGCUUGACAUUGAAAAGGGGGAUGUCAAAUCUUUUAAACAUCUUUUUGAAACAAUUCCUCUUGGUGACAUUACCCAAUCUGAAGAAGUGAUGAAUGGAAAAAGUGAAAAAGACAUCACAGUAGGGAAUGUCAAUGGUAACAAAGAAUUGUUUGAAUCUACACCUUUGUAUGCCAUAAAAGACUCUUCAGGAAAUUUCCAUGAGGUCACAACUGUUAGUAGAGAGGAGUCUAUCAAAGGAAAUGUCCAAAACUGCAAAUGGAUGUUUGAGACCAAACCGCUUGACCAGUUUCAAGAGGGAAAGGGGAGCAUGGAGGUUAUAAAAGGGAUCACUAGACAGGAAGACGUAACUGGAGAUGUGAAGAUGGCAAAGUGGCUCUUCGAAACUCAGACACUAGACUGUAUCCAUUCAAAAUUCAACCACGAGGCACCAAAUCCAUUGGUGCAACAGGAUGAGUUUCAGAAAGGUGAUGUCAAGACCUGCAAGUGGUUUUUUGAAACCCAACCCACGGACAUUUUGUCUGACAAAUCAAACAAGCUCCAAGAUAAAGAAGCCAUAGAAAAUGCUAACGUUAAAUCCUUUACUUGGCUUUUCGAAUCACAGCCACUGGACAGUAUCAAAGCUGGAGAUGAGCAUAGUUUGAAAUUAUGCAGCACCAUUCAGGAUGGUGUAAAAGCUGAGGCUGGAGUUAAAACUGUGAAGCAUCUUUUUGAACAAGAACCUUUGGAUAAAAUAAGGAAGGACACAGACACAGAACAAGAUGUCAGAUAUGUCAGCCAGAUAAAUGUUCAGUCAGGAGAUGUAUCAAGGGUCAAGGAAAUCUUUGAGUCUCAGUCUCUUGAUGAAAUAGGUACAGAAGCUGAAAGCAUGUCCGACAGAGAGGGUCAGGAUGAAGACAUUCAAAAAGGAUCCGUUCACAAAUUCACCUGGCUUUUUGAGAACCGUCCCAUCAACACGAUCACCGAGAAAAAGCAAAAUGGAACAAGCAUGUAUUCUGUCAGCGAUGAUGAGGCUGGCGAUGUACACAACAAGAAGUUCAUAUUUGAAACGUUCUCUUUGGACAAGAUCCAAGAAAAGCCUCUCGAGGACUCAUCCGCUUCCUUGGACGAAUGUGAGAGCAGUGUGGAUGUGAAAUCCAGCACGAUGCUGUUUGAGUCUCAGCCUCUGUAUGCCAUCAGAGACAAGGAGGGACAAUUUCACGAGGUCACCACGGUCAAGAAGGAGGAGGUGAUGAGUGGCGAUGUGAGAGGUGCUCGGUGGAUGUUCGAGACAAAGCCCCUGGAUUCCAUCAAAGCAGAACACGACAUUUAUGUCAUCCGGGCCGUUACCCAAGAGGACGUUCUUAAAGGAGAUGUCAAGUCUGCCAGGUGGAAGUUUGAGACGCAGCCUUUGGACACUCUCACAUGUAGAGAGGAGCCUUCAGUCAAGGUUGUGGAGGAAUUUGGAAAACAUAACGUGCAGCUUAACAAACAACUCUUUGAAUCUGAGCAGUCCGCUCACAAGAAGUAUGUCCGAAUGGUCAGUGUUACUGAUGUCCAGCAAGGAGAUGUCCGAACGUCAACCUGGCUUUUUGAAAACCAGCCUAUUGACAGCCUGAAGGGAGGAGCAGAGGAGCAGGGCCCAGUGAAAACUGUCCACAGAGAAGACAACCAGAAGGGAGAAGUGAAACGUUGUACCUGGCUGUUUGAAUCCCAGCCUCUAGACAAGCUCAAAGAGGUUGAUGCCACCUCAGCCCAUGCUGUUGAAGAGAACAUACCAAAAGCAGAUGUGAAGAGCACCACCUGGAUGUUUGAAACGACACCACUGGAUAAAAUCACCGUUGGUAGUGUGGUAGACAGUCUCACUCGUCUUUCUGAACUUCAAUUCAUUCACUCAAGUGGCAUUGUUAUAGAGGCAAAUGAGAUCAGUAAUGUUAACAUGGCAAAAUACCAGCUCAUUAGCAAAGAAAACAUAGAAAUUCUGAAAGAAGAAAGGGUAGAAGGUAACAUUAGAAACAUCAUGUUACAGUUGUUAUGCAAACCAAACAUGGAGCCAAGGAUCACCCUUCUAAGUGAGGGUGAACAGGGUAACGUUAACACCACAGUUUUGGAACUUCCAGUCAAUCAGCCAUCUUCAACUGUCAAUCUAGAUGGUGACCAAAGAAUGCAAAACAUUGCCGAGAUGAUUGAAAGCCUGUUAGUUGAAAAUAAUAUAAUGAAGAAAGGUAUUGUGAUGCAAGAAUCUGCCAGGGGCCAAGCAGAGAUGACUGUGUACAGCCUCUUCUGUCACACUGAAACCAGAGCUGAAUCUCAAGACAUCACAAGGGGUGAUGUGAAGUCCACUAUUGGAAACCUUCUAGCCACCGCCAAUAGUCAGAGAACCUCUGUUUCGUAUAGAUUAGAUGAAAAUGAGAAAGGGAAUGUGAACUUGUACAGGAACUGCAUUGAGAAAGGAGAUCUUCAAUACCUGAAGAGUCUCCAGAGUGAGCCAGAGGAGAGUGAUGUACUUGACCUCGGAGCAAAAGAACAGAUUGAAAUCCUGCAGGGAGAUGUGAAGGAGGCAAAGAGAAUUCUCUGUCAGAAAAAACAGCAGGUGGAGCGAACAAUUUCAGAUGUCCUGCCAGGAGACGUGAAGAACGCCAAAAAAGUGUUCAGCUCGGAGGGGUCCAUUGACCUUGGCAUUGAACACUGUGUUCCAAAAGAAAACAUAAUCCGUGGGGAUAUCUCAUCAGCCAAGCAACAACUUGGACAGGCAGUGAAGCAACCUAUCACAGUGGAAAAGGAGGAAAUUGUAGCUGGUGACAUCAAAGCAACACUACAGUCCUUAGAGCGGGCAAAAAAGCAAAGCAUGAAUGUGGAGCGGGAAGUCAUCAAACCAGGAACCAUAUAUGACAUUGACUUAUCAGCUCAAGGUCCAGAACCAGAGGAUAACGACUCGCUGAACUUCAAAGAGGAAAUAGUGUCAGGAGAUGUGAAGGCAGCUAAACAGUCCCUCGAGUUGGCAAAGAACCAGAGCAUGCGAGUAGAACGGGAAAUUGUUGUUCCUGGCAAAAUCUACAACGUGAAUGUCUCAUCACAAGAGCAAAGGUCAACAACCACAACACAGUCUACAUCUUCGUGCACCUCCAGAGGUCAGCGGAUCACCACGACUUUUCGAAAGGUCAGUGACACAGAAACAAAAAAGGGAAUCCAUGAGGGGAUUGAGGCUUGCCCUAAGGGAGCAGUGUCAAAGAGUGCAGACGUAGUGAAUAUCUGUGUUAGUGAAGAUGCCUUCCAUCAGUCCAACACCAUACCAUCCCAAUCUUGUGUUAAAUCAGAGUAUCAUGUUGAAAACACUGAUGAAGAGACAGAGGCUGAGGUAUUGAGGGGAGAUGUGAAGGCUGCUAUUAAGUCUCUUCAGAAUGCUGCGACAGAGCAAAGGCUUCUAGACAAAGAAGAUGUUAUAAGAGGUAAUAUGCAAUUGGCUUUGCAAUCUCUUGAGAGGUCUAGUGUAAAUGUGUCCAAAGGAGACUUUAAAACUGCAAUGAUUUACAGGAAUUCAGGUAAAGCUUACUCAGGGCCAAGUAAGAAAGUGGAUUCUGAGACUGUGCACAAACAAGGUGUUGUAGUAUCUAUGCCUCCAUCUGACACUGAAUUGUCUCCUUCGGUUUCAGUAACUUAUGGAGAGCCACCUGCCAUGACAACACUGAAUUCAGAUCCUGUCACUCUUACACACAAAACGGAAAACACACCUUCAUCAGAAGACCAAAGGCCACCUCCACUUCCCCCCAAAACAAGUGACAAAUCACAAGAACACAAGAAACCAGCCCUACCGCCCAAACCACAGCGCUCAAAAUUAUCAAGUGAUACAGCACAGAAUAUUCCUUCUCUUUCAAAAGCACCUUGCCCUGUUAAAGUUAAAUCGCAAACCCCAAUAAUCACUCCCAAGACAAAACUGGAGAAGUCGUCUUCUCCUUCCACUCCCCGUGAAACAUCGGCAAAUAAAAGAGAACACAGACAGGAUUUACCACAGAACGACCAUUCAAGAGAAAUGAGCAUUCUAAAAACCACCAAAGGUGCAAAGCAAGGCUCACCACAGAUCAUUUCAAACAACGAUACUCAAGUUUCCAGAGAUUCAAAUACACUACAAUCUGAUAGAAAUGUACAUAGGAAAGCAUUAGAAGACAUAGUGGAACCACCGGUAUGUGAAACAAAAACAGACAAGAACCUGACAAUUGCAAAUUGCAAUGAAUGUGUUAUGGAUAAAAAUGAAAUUCAGAAAAUAAAUGCAGCAGAAGAGAUCCGAAUGUGUAUGCAGAGCUAUGCAAAUGAUAGUUGCACUAAAACAGAAAUAAACAUGGGCUUUCAAGUUGCUCUCCAGAACUUUGGGGGAAAGGAUAAGAACACUGUGGACUCAUUCCCUGUUUCUGCCAAAAAAAUCCAUGCAGUUAAAGAAACUGUUAGCCAAGUAAAGAAUCAGAACAAAUCCACCAUGCAACAGGAUACACAGUACUCAAACGCAGGUCAGCAGGAAUCGGCAUCAGCCAUCAUCGCAAAGAGAUCUCCAUCUAUUCAGAAUAGCAGAGCUGGUGAGGAACAGGUAAAAGCUGUGGACAAAGUUGUACUGAGGAAGAAGAAAGCGAAGAAGGAGACAGAGGGUGAACGACGACAGAGGCUGUCUGUCCACAAGGACGAAAUUAUGAAGGGAAAUGUGACAGCAGCAAUGGAAAUCUUUGAAAAUCUAAGGAAACGGGAGGAACUCAAGACGAUCUUAUCCCAAGUUCAAGAGAUAGAGGGGGAGACUAGCACUGUUGAUGUGGGUUCCUUAAAAACAUUAUUUGAGAAUGUUCCUGCUUGGAUAGUCACUCCACGUAAAACUGAAACGCAAAGUCAUUUGAAGAGGGAAAAGAAGGUUGAAAAAGAGUCAUUGAAUACUGAAAUGGAAAGUGCCUCAGUCGAGGCUGCAUUUGUAGACCUGGAAAAGGCAAGCCAUGAAAUAAUGAAUCUAAAAGAGCAAACGUUGGCAAAACUCAUUGAUAUAGAGGAGGCAAUACGGAAAGCCUUGUAUUCUGUUUCCAACUUAAAAUCUGAGGCCGAUAUAGCAGGGUUGUCAGGACUCUUUAAUGAAUCCUUGAACUCUGAGCAAAGUUGUCAAGCUACUCAAAACAACAUUCGGAAAAUUAGCAUUGUGUCCAGCAAAACUAAAACAGAAAAGGUUAAACCAACAUCAGAGAUAAAAAUGAAAGGAUGUUCAGGUCAAGCAAAAACGUUAGAAGAAGCACCUGCUCAAGUGCUCAACACGCCUCCUGUCAAACAAUGCAUGAGCUCCCCAUCCUCACCGUCCUUCAUCUCCAUUCACUCUGCUGCCAGAAAGCAUCCAGAACAAUCCACGUCCCCUAAAUCAUCAACUUUCAAGACAAAAGCAAAGGGUUGCUCUCAAAGUUGCAAUGGAGUCAAUGCUGAUGUGGACCAACUCACUUCCUCUCGAUCCUCCAACCAAUUCAGCAGUCCUGUGAGUCCAAAACGUAAGGUCAGCGUACUAGAAGUGCAAACUGUCCCGGAAGCUCCUGCUGGAUUAGUUGGCACAAAGACCGUCAGUGAAAAAUAUGAAGAGACAGAUUGUUUUGGUAACAAAUUUGUCUCCUCCAAAACGUCUACUUUUGUCACCAAGCAGUCUGAGACUAAAACUGCCCCACUCUUUGAAGUAGUCUCCUGUCCAACAAGAUAUGAAGUUAUGGCAUCCCCUUUAAUACGAAGAUCUGGACACACCUUCACAGAGAGUGCUCAGUCCAGUGUCAAAGAAGGAGGAACUGUUUUUGUAACAUUCGGUCAACAAAAGGCUGGGAAAAAGUAACAUUUUGUGUUGAAACUUAGAACUGUUUUUCUUGUUUUAUCUAAUUAUUGUGAGGUACAAUUAUCACUUUUGUUUUCAUGUCCUUUGAAUAAUUUAUCUUAGUGAAACAAUACAUUCUAUUUAAUAAAUAAAAAAUACAUGUAUUAACAUACAUUUUAUAGAUGUUUUUUGUUGCUUUUUAUACUGUAUACAUGGUUUUGUAUGAUAAAACCCCCUCUGUUGACUGUGUUGUUGUGUAAAUUAUCAAAUAAAUGUCUUAUACAAUUA